AUGAAUGGAGGCCAUGCAGGCAGAGGCAGCCGCGCGUGCGCAGGCACUGGUGAAAGCGGGUCCAGUGAAGACUGGAACCAGGCGGCAGAUGGGUGUCUUCCUCCCUGCCCCUGUCUCGCCGGCUCCCCCUGGGAUCGUCUGAGCCCAGAACCUGAGGAGAAAGGAGAGGAGGAGGCAGAGGUGGAGGCGGGAGAGGAAGUCAAGCUCCUUCCCAGCAGAAGAGCCGCGUGGGAAGCAGGCUGUGGGGCCCGCAGCGCCCCUGGCCCCGGCCUGGCUGCGGUGCCCAGCACCUGCCGGUAG